AUGCAACACUUACUGAGUUUGGCAGUCAUUCUUUCCACAAUCAGCCUAUUUCCGAGUGAUGAGCUCCCGGAGCCGUGCUUUCUCAAGUGCAAAGACAAUUACGUGAGUGAGGAUAAUUGACCGCCGUCGGCUGAUUUAUUAUUCCCAAUGAGGAUAAGGAUUGACUCCACACCCCUCUCUUCAGAUGAAUGGAAUGCAAUUCGAUAUGGGCGAUUUCCACGAGUGGUCAGUUGAUAUGGUCACUCCGAUGAACAGCCUUCUCAAGUAUAAAACAAAUCCAACUCGACAUAGUAAAUUUGUAUUGUUUUUCAGAUUUGGACAAGGCAAAAUGGCUCUCCGCUUGACUCGUGCUUGCCGCCGAAACGACGAAUAUCACAGUUGUUUGCAAAGAUGCCCAAACGUCCCGGCCAAGGAGAUUCUCAUUAAGGGACAGAACGUCUGGAUGAUUUUAUGUCACGAUUUCAGAAAUGACACAGGUUUCACAACAAACUGAGUUUAAACAAAAGUGGCACGUUUCAGAUUUCCGCGUUAACAUUGUCCCAUGUUGGUCCGAAUACGGACAUGAAAUCUCGGGCCGUUGUGACUCGCUGGCCUCAUUUCUGCAGGCGGAGGUCCUGCAACUUCUGCAAAGCGGUCCCACCGGAAUUCAGGAAUCACUAGACGGCCUUUGCAAGUGAGAAAUUGAAAAUUAGCGCCGCUUUCUGCAUAUUCACAUUUCAGAAGCGUUUAUGGGUACGACAAGUGCUUCGUUGAUGAGAACUAUGACUAUUGUGGAUCAGCGGCGGCGAGGUUCCUUGUCAAACUCAACCACCAAACAUCGCAGUGA